AUGGGGGCGAAAAGGGGAGGAUCUGGUGAGAAUGUGGUGCUUGAAUGGCUGAAACGGCAGCCAAUGAAGGUGAAGAGCUUUCUUGCAGUGACGUUUGCGGUGUGUUCUUUGAUGGCUAUGAAGCUUUGGGUUAAAGAUCAUGAUUAUUUCUUCGUUGCAUCGGAGGCUAUCCAUGCCGCUGGCAUCAUUGUCUUGAUCUACAAGCUCAAAACUAAGAAGACCUGUUCUGGUCUCUCACUGAGGUCUCAAGAACUCACGGCUCUGUUCCUAGCUGUAAGAAUGUUUUGUAGCACUGUAAUGGAGGGUGACAUUCACACAGUGCUAGAUUUUGCAACCCUCUUAUCCACAGCAUGGGUUAUGUAUAUGGUCCGUUUCAAGUUGAAGUCAACCUACAUCAAGGAGUUAGACAACUUCCCGUUAUACUAUAUAGUGGUGCCUUGUGCUAUCCUUGCCUUAAUGAUCCACCCUUAUAGCUAUAGAAUGAGCGUUAGUGGAAUUCUUUGGGCAUUCUGUGUGUACUUGGAAUCUGUCUCUGUGUUUCCUCAGCUUCGAAUGAUGCAGAACGCAAAGAUGAUUGAACCAUUUACGUCCCAUUAUGUAUUUGCGUUGGGUGUUGCAAGAUUCUUGUCUUGCGCUCACUGGAUUUUACAGGUUAUUGAGACAAGAGGGCGUUAUCUAUUUUUGGUUGGACAUGGAUACUUCUGGUUCCCAAUGGCUUUCCUUGCUGAAAUGAUUCAAACGUUCAUUUUGGCUGACUUUUGUUACUAUUACAUCAAAAGUUUAAAGGAUGGCCAACUUAUCAUGAGGAUGCCUGUUUAA